AUGGCGAGCGGUAUCCAGGUCUUGCCUCCCGGGGCGGGCUACGGUAUUUUUUCGACCCACCAAGCCGAAGAGUUCAACACAGCAUCUCGAUCUGUCAAACCGGGUCUGAUAGCGGCGGGGAUUGUUUCGUCGUGGACGUGGUCGGCCACGCUCUUGACCUCUUCGACGUUCGCGUACAGCUACGGGGUUUGUGGCGGCAUGUGGUAUGGCGCUAUGGGAUCUCUCCAAAUCCUGCUUUUCGCCCUUAUUGCUAUCAAGAUCAAGGCAAGUGCACCAGGAGCUCACACUUUUCCGGAGAUUAUCCUGUCUAGGCACGGCAAGAUUGCUCAUUUGACAUAUCUGUUCAUGGGUUUCGCCACCAACAUGCUUGUUGGAGCUUGCCUAGUUCUCGGUGGCAGCCAGGUAGUGGCAGCUUUGAGCGGUAUGAAUGUGUACGCGGCUUGUUUCCUCAUUCCGCUCGUGGUAGCAGCGUACGUUAUUGCAGGAGGCCUGAGAAGUACCUUCAUUGCGGAUUACAUCCACACAGUCAUUCUAUUCGUGGCCAUCUUUGUAUUCGGUUUCUCCGUGUACGCAACAAGUCCGGAGAUUGGGAGCCUCGACAAAUUUUAUGAUCUUAUGCAGACAGCGUCUGCGAAAAUGCCAAUCGCUCGCAAUUACGAAGGAUCCUAUCUCACCUUCAAGUCAGUGGAUGGGCUGAUUUUUGCUAUUGAUCUGUUCGUUGCUGGGUUCAGUACUGUUUGGCUCGACCAGGCGUAUUGGCAACGAGCUAUUGCAUCGAGACCCGAAACUUCCGUCAGAGCCUAUCUGCUGGGCGGAAUAGCAUGGUACGGCAUACCUUUUGGAUUCUCCACGGCCAUGGGUCUAGGAUGCGCAGCAUUAACGUUCUCUUCAACCUUUCCCACUUACCCAGAACCACUCAGCGCCGCUCAGAACGGUGCAGGCCUAUCCUCUCCAGCCGCUGCAAUCGCUCUUCUCGGCAAAGGGGGUGCGGUGCUGAUGCUCAUUUUGCUCUUCAUGGCCGUGACAUCGAGCACAUCUGCCGAAUUGAUCGCUGUAUCAUCGCUACUGACGUUUGACGUAUACAAGACGUAUAUCAGGCCAGACAGCUCUUCACACCGGCUGGUGCAGAUUUCUCAUUAUGGCAUCGUCCUAUACGGCCUCAUACUUGCAGCGUUCUGCUGCAUCCUGAACGCAGUUGGACUGAAUCUGACCUGGCUACUCACCGUCCUCGGAAUCAUAGUUGGUGGUGCCUCAGUCCCUGUCGGCUUGAUCUUAUUGUGGGGUCGAAUGUCCACUGCCGCGGCGAUUGCAGCACCCUGGAUAGGGCUUGGUGCUGGUUUGAUCGCUUGGUUUGUGACGACGUGGAAAAGAUCCGGCGCAAUAAACGUCGACACGACAGGAGACACGACCAAUGCCGUGGCUGGAAAUAUCACGUCCUGGGGUACAGGCUUUCUUGUCGCCGUCCUCUUCAGUCUCCUCUUUCCGGCAAAGUACACUGCCACGAGUCCUGAAGACAUUAGGAGAUACGAUAAAAUCCACGGCACGCAAAAACUGCUUGGGAUCACUGUCGCUGACUCUCCGCCAAAGUCUGACCACACGCUGACCGCUGAAAAAUCCAGCCCCACUGACGUGAACAAAGAGGCAUUAAUGGAACCUGGUAACGAAACGCAUGAAGGCCAAGUGCAGUCUGCGCCCGCAAAUAUUGUACCAACUGGCAAUGCGAUGGUGGAUUACCUCGAAAGCACAUUCAGUCAGCCUAUGGAUCCAGUCGCUGUGAAAAAGGGAGAGCGUCUUGCGAUCGUUGCAAACAUUGUCUUCAUCUUGAUCGCUAUUAUUCUCGUUCCCUUCACUUUGUUCGGAACGGAAUAUAUUUUUAAUAAGGCGUUCUUUAGUGGCUACGUCGUGGUAUCUUUCAUCUGGGUCUGGGUGAGCAUGUGCAUUUGCGUGAUAUAUCCUGUGGUCGAGUCGAAUGCUGCACUCAGAGAGCUCAGUCGGGGACUUUAUCAAGACUUCAUGGCGGUUCUCGGAAAGUCAAAAGCUAAGCAUCAAAACGCAGAGGUCUCUAGCCCGGCAUAAUAGUGUACUGACGAGACCCUGCAAUAACACAUUGGAGGUCUAGUUUCAAUGGCUAUCUAAAGUGCGUUUGCUCAAACUCCAUGGAUUGAAAAAAUUACAGUAUUUGAAUGGAGGAAAAUUCAUCUUCGUCAAGUAAGAGGGCAGAAAUCAAAAUGUCUAAAAUUAUGUCAAUGCAUUUGUGAUGUUACUUACGAUAUGUGUGGGUAUCUCGAGAUGUUUGCAUCCUGUCGUUAGAAACUUCGUCAAUAAGUCGAUUAUGCUCUGUUGGAUGAUCAUGGGUUACAUAGAAGUCAC